CAUGGUUACCGGGCGGGGCGCGGCGGGAGCGCGCCCCGGAAGCGGAGCCAUGGCGGCGGCGGCGGGGGCAGCGCUGCUGGUGAUGCUGAUGGCGGCGGCGCUGGCGAGGGGCGACGACUCGGACUGGGUGCGGCUGCCCAGCAAGUGCGAGGUGUGCAAGUACGUGGCUGUGGAGCUGAAAUCCGCUUUUGAGGAGACUGGCAAGACCAAGGAGGUGAUUGACACCAAGUACGGCUUCCUGGACGGGAAGGGCUCUGCCGUCAAGUACACCCAGUCGGACAUACGGUUAAUCGAGGUGACAGAGAACAUCUGCAAGCGGCUGUUGGAUUACAACCUGCACAAGGAGAGGAGUGGCAGUAACAGAUUCGCGAAGGGCAUGUCGGAGACGUUCGAGACCCUGCACAACCUGGUGCACAAGGGCGUCAAGGUGGUGAUGGACAUCCCCUACGAGCUGUGGAACGAGACCUCCGCUGAGGUGGCUGACCUCAAAAAGCAGUGUGACGUGCUGGUGGAGGAGUAUGAAGAUGUGAUCGAGGACUGGUACAGGCAUCACCAGAUGGAGGAUCUCUCCCAGUUUCUCUGCGCCAACCAUGUGCUAAAAGGAAAGGACACAAGCUGCCUGGCAGAGAAGUGGACUGGCAAGAAGGGUGACUUGGCAAGCGUGGGGGAGAAGCAGAGCAAAAAAAAGAGUGGGAAGAAGAAGAAAAAGGACCAGAAGGAUGAGAGCGCGGGAGCUGCCAGCCUCCUGGACACAGGGGAGGCCUUGGAGGAGGGGGUCCAAGAGAAGGCUCCGCUCACCCACAGCCCGGCUGAUGAGUUGUAGACACACAGCCCCAGCCGCCGGGGCUGCCCGCUCCGGGGUUUCAACCUGCUGUGCCUGUGGGUACCAAAGGAAAAGGGACUUGUAACCCGGGGGAGACCAGAGCGCCCGGCUCUGCCUUGUCGGCCUGGGUGCCAUGCUGCGAUUAGGUGUCACGGAGCCGCGGACUCAGCCCUGUUGUGCCUCCCUGCCGGGGGCUUCAGCUCCGGGAGGCCGCGAGUGCUGCCCCGGCGCCGUCUCUUCGCACCCAGCCGAGACUGUAAAUAAAGACGUUUUCCCC